AUGAAGUACGUCCCUGUAGGGUUCCUUGUGUUCUGCUGUUGUCUAAUGACAGGAAGUGGAAGCAGCGGCGAGCAGAAGCAGCAUGCGGCACAGGCGGCGGUCGGGGGGCCGACGCGGGCAUUGACCUGGCGCCACAACGGGCAGGUCUUCAGCAUCUUGAGUCCAGGGUCCCGCUACCUGCCUCCCGCCCAGAGCGGAAGCUCCCCCGCUAGAGUGCUGAUGCUUGGCAGAGGUAACGAGACCUCGGCCGCGACCCGAGCCUCCCCGCGAGUUCCCGCGACGAGCGGCGGCGCACAUUUAAGAGCUGCCGCGCGUCGCCGACUGCCGCAAAGCACAGAUUCAAGAUCAGACCUAAGAUCAGACUCUGCAGAGGACAGGAUGCUCGGAGACGACCCGUACAACCCCGACAAGGCCUCCAACUACUACCGAUACUACAAUUACUACAACUCCUACUAUAGACCGAGGGCCUGGACCCGACACUGGCAUGGCUAUGGAACCAGGUACCACCAGAAUGGUCUUCCCGAUCUGGUUCCUGACGCUUACAACAUCCAAGUGAGCUCGUACAUCCAAAGAAUUCCCAUGUACAACCUACGCUGUGCGGCAGAGGAGAACUGCCUUGCCUCUUCGGCGAGGUCCAGCGGAGACUACGACGUGCGGGUUCUUCUGAGGUUCCCUCAGCGUGUGAAGAACCAGGGUACCGCGGACUUCCUGCCCAACAAAGCUUCCUACUCAUGGGAGUGGCACAGCUGUCAUAAUCAUUUCCACAGCAUGGACGAUUUCAGUCUGUACGAGUUGGUGGACGGCGAGACCCAGAAAGCGGUGGCGGAAGGACACAAAGCCAGUUUCUGUCUGGAGGACACUUCCUGCGAGGCCGGAUACUACCGGAGAUACGCCUGCACCUCACACACGCAGGGUUUGAGUCCAGGCUGUUACGACACAUAUAACGCCGACAUCGACUGUCAGUGGAUCGACAUCACUGACGUGGCUCCAGGGAAAUAUGUACUCAAGGUCACCGUCAAUCCCAAGAAGAAAGUUCAGGAAUCGAAUUUUGCCAACAACGUGGUCCGCUGUGACGUCCACUACACUGGAAACGCUGUUCACAUGUCGGCGUGCGAGACCACAGCAUAA